GAUGUUGAAGAAUGCACAUUUACAGUAGCUCUCCUACUAAUCAUGUCGUCUCCCAUUUUGCGGAGCACAUUACUGACGACUUCAGCAAUAUAUCGCAUGAAUGUGUAAGCAGUAAAACAGGUGUAGGCUCGUGCCGUCAGUCCUGAUGGCUGGGCUGAACACCCUCGAGCCGGAUUUUAAAAGCACUAAGGAGGAGCACAUCGUGCUCACAAAUGACUGAACCCCCAGCAAAGGUGGACAUGCUGUAACGGGAGCAUCAAGGAGCUGACGAUAGGGUCACCAUGAAGGGCCCUAACUCCAGAUGGGCCUUCUCCCUGGGCUUCUUGGUGGGGGCCUGUGGCAUCUACUUCUUCCUGCGCCAGGUGUGGUUCGAGAGGAGCUACCCGGUGCUGUCAGAGGCCCAGGAGAAAGCCGCAACGGUGGGAGAGAGGCCAAGCAGUGAGGAAACCAGCUGGAGGAAGGAAGGAGGUGCUCUCAUCAACCUGCUCCACCCUCACCAUACAGGUGAAGACAGCCGAGUGUCUGACGAGUUGUACCACAAGGUGCGUGUUCUGUGCUGGGUGAUGACCGGGCCAUAUAACCUGCAGACCAGGGCCCGCCAUGUUCGGGCCACCUGGAGUCGACACUGCAACGUGGUGAUAUUCAUGAGCUCCAUGGAGGACCCAGACUUCCCCACCGUGGGCCUGGGCACCAAGGAGGGCCGUGACCAGCUUUACUGGAAGACCAUCCGGGCCUUCCACUAUGUCUUCGAGCACCAUGCCAAGGAAGCAGACUGGUUCUUAAAGGCGGACGAUGACACCUUUGUGGUGGUUGACAACUUGCGCUGGAUUCUGGCCAACCACACCCCUGACGAGCCCAUCUACUUUGGCAAGCGCUUCAAGCCUUACGCCAAGCAGGGCUACAUGAGCGGAGGGGCAGGCUAUGUGCUGAGUAAAGAGGCUCUCAGGAGAUUUGUGGAAGGUUUCCGGACCAAGGUGUGCACACACACCACCCCGGUAGAGGACCUAGCCCUGGGGCAGUGUCUGGAGAAAAUGGGUGUCCUGGCUGGGGACUCCAGAGAUACUUUGCAGCGGGAAACCUUCCACCCAUUUGUGCCAGAGCACCACCUCACUGGCAAGUUCUCCAAGAGUUUCUGGUACUGGAGCUAUUGUUACUACCCGAUUGUUGAGGGUCCUCAGUGCUGCUCUGACCUGGCAGUAUCCUUCCACUAUGUGGAAGCAGAGCUGAUGUACACACUGGAGUACUACACCUACCACCUGCGAGCUUAUGGCUACAGACCGCGCUACCGCCCCCCUCUACCCCGGGACCUGCACCUCACCGUGAUCUCACAUCAAGCCACGACAGCAAGACUUAAAACAGCUCAGGACGGGGCUGUUAGACUGAGUCACACAACCCCAAACUUAUCUGUCAGUGAAAUUCACGGCAAAAUGGGAAAAGACUCAGGCAAAGUGGAAAAAGACAAUCUAAAUUCACUGUCCUCUGACAACAGGACUGCAGUCACACAGGACAGGCAGCAUUGACUCUAAAUUGUUUUUUUGUUUUUGUUUUUUACUGAGCUUCACUUGAUUGAAUCUGUUUAUGAAGCACUUGUGACCACUGUGGUGGGAGGCAGUGAUGCUGCAGAGUUGAAUGUGACAGGGUAUUACACACUAUGUUGCAUAACUGUUUCCAUAGUGCUUCUUUGAUCAAUUCAAACCUUUUCCCCAGCCACUGUAUAGCUGUUAAUGUUAUAUGGUUGGAUAAAACUUGAAUAUGAUUCAAUGUCAACUCCUUUUGCCUUCAUAUUGUGAAUCAACACCAUCACAGAUGUGGAUUGAAGCGGAAUAUCAUUAUAAUCUGCUGUACUACAUAAUCUGCAUCUGAUGUGAUCUAAUAUCAGUAAUAUGAAAAGGUUUUGGUCUUGGUGGGCAGCAACCACAACGGCAGUGCAGUUGUCAUUACAAUGUUUGAAAUAUUCUGUCAUCUUCUCUUUGUAGUCAGAUUUGCAGCUUUCUUGUUGUAGAUUUUUUUUAAUAAUUCCGAUUUAAUUCUGGCCUCUUGAAAUCAUAUGCAAAAAUGACUUGCUUGAGCUGUUGUUUCUUUGCCUGCAGUUUGUCUGGACCCUUGUUCUUCUUUAUGAAUACUCCACAGUACAGUGGUUUCUGCAGAUUUCAAAUCCACAGUCAAACAGCCAGCAGUGAUAUAUUGGGUGUUUCCGUAUCAAAGACGAAAACCGUUUUGUAGAACCUGAAAUUUUCAUUGUGUGAUAUAAGAUUCUCUGAUAUAGAGGAGCACCUUUGAAAGCCUCACGUGUUUAAUUUAUCUCCUUGGUGCUUCUUUUCUACAAAUUGGGUGUCAAGCCAGCACAAUCACCAUCCUUUAUGAACACAGUAUUAUAUGCAUAACUCAAAUGAAUCCCACUGUUGUGUCAUUUAUAUUCCCCAACAGUGUAAUGGAUGUGAUGUAGCAGCGCCAUCUGAAGCAGAGUUAAGCUUCGAGGAUUCCCCAGUCUGUACAAACAGGUGCAGCAAUGAUCCAACACAAUGUUAAAUUAAUAAAUUAUUUACAAAAAAUCUGUUUAUUUGGAA